UUUCAUUGGCGGUUAGGGUUGCGACUACCUAGCUAUCAAACUGUUUGUGUUUUAUUAGCAGCCGUUCUUUCAUUUUUCUGUAAAAAGAUAAAAUUAAUUCAUGAUUAAAACGUGACUAUUGCGAAUUAUAUUGAGAGUAAGCGUGAGCACAUUAACUUUUCGGUUAACGUUAGAUAGCUAGUUGGCUAACAUUAGCUGCAAGGCUAACUUGGGUAGCUUUUAGGUUUCCUGUCUGGAGAUAACUAGAUAGAUAGUUCUGUAGCUAACUGUCGAGCUGUAGGUCUGUCCUCCCCUCAGUUCACGUCCGUUUGCUUGGUAACGACUCGGGAGUGUCGACUCUCAGUGAUGGACGACGAACCAGAGAGAUCGAAACGGUGGGAAGGGGGUUACGAGAGGACAUGGGAAGUACUGAAGGAGGAUGAGUCUGGGUCCCUCAGAGCCACUGUGGAAGACAUUCUUUUCCAGGCCAAAAGGAAAAGGGUGUUCGAAAGUCACGGACAGGUUCGGCUGGGAAUGAUGCGUCACCUGUAUGUGGUGAUUGAUUUGUCCCGAUCUAUGGAGGAUCAGGACCUGAAGCCCAACAGGCUCACAUCCACCCUAAAGUUGAUGGAGUAUUUCGUGGAUGAGUACUUCGACCAGAACCCCAUUAGUCAGAUUGGAAUCAUCACUACGAAGAACAAGAGGGCCGAGAGACUGACUGACCUGGCGGGCAACCCUAAGAAGCACACGGCAGCCUUGAAAAAAACCGUGGACUCGGCGUGUAUGGGCGAGCCGUCCCUUUACAACGCUCUCAGCAUCGCCAUGCAGACACUUAAACACAUGCCAGGACACACUAGCAGAGAGAUCUUGGUCAUCUUCAGCAGUUUAACCACCUGCGAUCCAGCCAACAUCUACGACCUCAUCAAGACACUGAAAGCAUUGAAAAUCCGAGUGUCAGUGAUUGGGCUGUCUGCAGAGGUGCGGGUGUGUACCGUUCUCACCAGAGAAACAGGAGGGAGCUACAGCGUGAUCCUGGACGAGAGCCACUACAAGGAGCUGUUGAUGUUGCACGUCCGGCCGCCUCCUGCCAGCUCCUCCUCCGAGUGCUCCCUGAUCCGCAUGGGCUUCCCUCAGCACGUCAUCACCUCGGUGACCGACCGGGAUGCUAAGCCCUCCUUCAGCAUGUCGCACCUGGACAGCUCAAGCGAAGAUGCGGGACUCACUCUGGGUGGAUACUACUGCCCCCAGUGCAGGGCCAAGUACACGGAGCUGCCUGUCGAAUGUAAAGUCUGCGGGCUGACACUGGUCUCUGCUCCCCACCUGGCUCGCUCCUUCCAUCACCUCUUUCCCCUGAGUGCCUUUGAGGAGCGCCCCCUGGAGGAGCACACGGGAGACAGGUUUUGCCAAGCUUGCCAAGGAGAGCUGAAAGACAAAAGCGUGAGUGUCGUGUUCUCUUAUUUUUGCAUCGCUGCUGCUGUUUUUUUUUGGGUUUUUUUAUAUACCGAUUUGGACUCCUGUCCGCGCGCAGGUCUACGUGUGUCCAACGUGUAGCAGUGUGUUCUGCGUGGAGUGUGACAUAUUCAUUCACGAUACGCUGCACAGCUGUCCGUCGUGCAUCCACGCUCAGGGAGCAUCCUAACCGCCC